AUAAAAUCCCAAUAAAGAUAAAAAAAGUUAAACAAAGGAAAUAUGGUGUUCUUAGUAAGUCUGAGAGUUUUCCAGAAGAUUCAGACUUGGCACAAGAGCUACAUUGUGAUGCUGUAAAAUACAUACAGGAUGCUGCAAAACAAAAUAACAACCAGGAAGCUAGUGAAUUUGUGUUGCAGCAAGCUGUUGUUACUAGUUCUGAAGAAAGUGAAGAAAAUGAUGAAACUAAUAAGUUAAAUAAGAACACAGAGGAAGAAGGAGACAUCAGUGAUCACUCCAAAAUUUAUAUAACUCCGAUGGAUGAUGACGACAGUCAAGUGACACCUAAGAAAAACAAAUCUCACAAAUUGCUGAGACUAAAAUCUACUGACAGUGAAGGAGAUACAGAUCAUGAGGAUAAAUAUUCAAAAGAUAAAUCAAAAAAAAAAUGUGUUCGAGCAAAGAGAAAAAUAUUAUCUUCAGAUGAUGAAACUUCAAGUUCAGAGAGUAAAGAAGAAUCAGAUAGCUCAUGUAGCUCACUUGUUUUUUCUGAUGACAAGAAUACAAGGAAAAAAAAGAAAAUAUCAAGUGAUGAUGAUAAAGAAGCUAAAAGCAGUAAAAAGCCAAAGAAGAGGAGGAGGAUUAAAUUGUUGAACACAUCAGAGAGCAGUUCUGAUGUUGAUAAUUCAAAAGUUGUCUCUACUAGUAAGCAGUCUUUCCAGGACACUCCUUCGGGUAAAGGCAGACGUAACAUCCGCAAGCUUAUCAUAGAUCAUAAGCUACAAGACCAAACCAGAGUAGCUGCUCAAGAAGAAAUGGAAAGAAGGAAACGAGUUCUAGAACGACAGAAACUAGCAA